GAUUUUACAUGGUAAUAUAUUUUGGAAUUAUGUGCUAUAGUAUCCUUGGAGUCUUAUGCUUAGAUGCACUUGUCAGUUAGCAAAUGUAGUUACUUUAUGUUUAUUUAAAAGUUUUUAUACUAAAUUUUAACCAAACCUGUUUUCUUAAAUAAGACUUUUUCUAUAGAGAAAAAUAAUCUGUAAAUAAUAUGAGUUUCAGAAACAUCUUUCUGAAUCGUAAGUCUUACAUGGCUUUACAGCGAACCCUUCUGUACUUCGUUUUUAAAAAUACUAAUUUUAAAAGCACUUAGUAUAAGGAUAAUAUAUAGUGACAAAGAGGCCUAAAUUAAACAGUUAGUUUGUAAGUUUAGUGUCUCUUAGGUUAUCUUUAUUUUUAAGUUAAUUGAAAAGAAUUUAGAAGUACAUGGUUGUUGAUAAACUUAGAAGAACACAUAAAUAUUUGAAAGCCUUCCUUUUCACUACUCCUUUCUCUCUCAGCCCAUUGAGAACAGUUUGGCUGGUCUGUUUUCUUGCAGUCUUUUCUUCCUGCGCUUGUGCAGAAAUUACUUAUGCACAUACCUGCAUAUUUUUUCUAAUAACACAAAUGUUAUAUAAACUGUUCUAUAAAUUGCUUCCCCAACACUUAAUUUUGAAAAAUUUCAAACAGAAGCGUUGGAAGAAUUUUGUUUAACAUCUGAAUACCUAUCACUUAGAUUCUUAACUAACGUUUUAACACAUUUCAGCACAUACUCAUCUGUCUUUCUGUCCACUAUGUUAUUAAUUUGGGGGAUUCAUUUCAAAGUAAAUUGCAGACGUCAGUAUGCUUCCUCUCUACAUAAUUCAGUAUACAUAUUGCUAACUAGAGCUCAAUAUUGGUUUACAGUUUCUUAAAGGUAAAUUUACGUACCAUGACAUGCAACAAUCUUAAGUGUACAUUUGCUGAGGUUUAAUAAUUUCAUGUUUGUAACUCAUACUCCAUUAUCAAUAGAAACAUGCUUAUUAGCACCACAGAGAGUUCCCUCAUGCCUCUUCCUGGUCUGUCUCUAUCCCUGUCUCUUUCCAGAAAAAUCAAUUAAAGUCUGUUCCCUCUCCACUCCUAAUGGAUUUUGCCUAUAUCACUUGCUUUAUUCACUCAGCAGUAUGUUGUGGGUCAUUAUAUGCAGAUCUAAAUCUGCCUUCUUUUCUGCCUUAAAAAAAAAUUGCAAUAGUUUGGAAAUAGUCUUACACUAUGGGUGUAUUAGAAUUUAUUUGAUCAUUCCCUUUUCUCUACGUGGACAUUUAGAUUGUGCCAUAUUUUUGUGAUUACAGAAAGUGCUGUAUCCUUGUACAUCCUUGUAUGUAUAUAUACAGUCUCAGGAGUACUUUUGUAGGUAAUACUAAAAAUAAAACUGCUGGGUAAAAGGGUUUUAUGUUUUGAUACAUGCUGCCAAAUCGCCCUCCCAGGAUGAUUGUAUCAGUUUACAUGCCCACCAGUAAUGUAUGAGAGUGUCCUUUUUUUUCUGUGCCCUCUUAACGUUGGAUAUCAUCUUUCUAAAAGUUUUUCAAUACAAUAGAUGAAAAAUGUACCUUGUUAUUUCCUAAUCAGUAAUGAUUAGUCAUUGGAUUUUUUUCCCUUUGUGAAUUGCUUCGUUAUAUAUUUAUGUUGUAUGCCUCUUGUUGGUCAUGUCUUGUAAUAUUUUUUCCAGGAAUGCUUUGUCUUUUAACUUUGCUUUUCAUGUGUUUUGGGCUUCAGAUAUGUUAAUUUUUAUGUGGUCAGACAUGGCUGAUGGGUCUUCAUUGUGAAGGCCUUCCUUAUUCCAAGAAUAUAAAACCACUUGCUAUUCUAAUAGUUUUCCUUUUAAUGAAAUUUAGAAGAAAAACAUAAAUCAUUGUGAACUGAAGUGCCAGGGAAAAUUUCAAAUGGAGAGUGAGAUUCAAAUUGGCCUUGAAGUCUGAGUUGAAUUUAGAUAAGUAAGCAGAAUGGUAGGCACAUUUCAUACAGGAGGAAUGGAUGGAAUAUCGUCGAACAGUGGUAACAGAACCACUUAGGCUGAGAUGAAGAAUCAUAUAAAACUGUAAGCAUAGACAUACGUGUUCGGAUAGAUUUCUUAGUAAUUAUUUUGGCUAAUCUUUAUGCUUUUCUAAAAUCUACCUCUUGAUGUCACAGUUUUCUGUCAUUUUCAUGGUGACUUGAGUAUUCUUCUUGAGGAGAAUAUAUGGUGAAAUACAGUUGCCUGAAAAGGCAAAAAAUAGUGGUAUUCCAUUGGAAUAAGUUGAACAUUAUAAAUAUUUAUUCAGUCUGGUUUAUUAGAGUUAAAUUAUAAUUGUUUUUAAAGUUUGUGCUGUAGUAAUUUACAUCAUUUAGUCACUGUAGUCAACUAUAGUUACCAGAUAGCAAUUUUAUAAAAUGUUGAAGUACCAGUAUAUCCACUAGUUACUUAAUCAGAGUUUUGAGUUAUGAGCUCACCAUUUAAUAUACAAAUUAGUAUGUCGGAAUCUCCAGCUAAUGAAAGUAUUUUAUGAAUGCUGUCCUUAAGACCGAGUAACAGCAUUGUGUUCAGUUUGGUUGUUGCUCAGAAUGUGUAAUAGUUUCUCUUCAGCCAUAAGCCACGCCUGGUAGAUAUUGAGUGGAGAGAUCUUGCACCUCUUCCAGUUACGCAUUUGUGGUUUGUCAUCUGAUUUGGAGCACUUGGAAGAUCACUGUUUUGUGUUCUGCGACCCAAUUGAGAGGAUUAUGUGGAGCUAAGUUUUACCAAUCAGACUGUUCCUUUAAGCAAAGACCAUGCCUUCUUCAUCAUUGUAUCUGCAGUGUCUAGCAAGUGAUGGGUGUGUAGUGGAGGCUAAGUGAAUAUUUGUUGAACUAAGAUCAUCCUUCCUUGUGGGUUAGCAGGCAGUUAUAAGAUUGCAAAAUGGGUCUCCGGAUUCACUUUGUUGUUGACCCACAUGGUUGGUGCUGCAUGGGUUUGAUUGUCUUUGUUUGGUUGUACAAUAUUGUUUUAAUUCCCAAAAUUGUCCUCUUUCCUCACUAUGAAGAAGGACAUAUUCCAGGCAUAUUAAUAAUAAUAUUCUAUGGCAUUGCCAUAUUCUGUUUGGUUGCCUUAGUGAGGGCCUCAAUAACUGAUCCAGGAAGACUCCCUGAGAACCCCAAGAUCCCACAUGGAGAAAGGGAGUUCUGGGAAUUAUGUAACAAGUGUAAUUUGAUGAGACCAAAGCGUUCCCAUCACUGUAGCCGCUGCGGCCACUGUGUGAGGAGAAUGGAUCAUCACUGUCCAUGGAUUAACAAUUGUGUUGGUGAAGAUAAUCAUUGGCUCUUUCUGCAGUUGUGUUUCUACACUGAACUUCUUACUUGCUACGCACUGAUGUUUUCUUUCUGCCACUAUUACUAUUUUCUUCCACUAAAAAAGCAUAAUUUGGACCUCUUUGUUUUUAGACAUGAAUUGGCCAUAAUGAGAUUAGCAGCCUUUAUGGGCAUUACUAUGUUAGUUGGAAUAACUGGACUCUUUUACACUCAACUAAUUGGCAUUAUCACAGAUACAACAUCUAUUGAAAAGAUGUCGAACUGUUGUGAAGAUAUAUCGAGGCCCCGAAAGCCAUGGCAGCAGACCUUCUCAGAAGUUUUUGGCACUCGUUGGAAGAUCCUGUGGUUCAUUCCUUUCAGGCAGAGGCAACCACUGCGAGUUCCCUACCACUUUGCCAAUCAUGUCUAAACAGAUGGAUGGUGGGCACAGAUGGGUCCUCCAUGCUGGAAAUGCGUUACAGGUUUUAUGAUAAUAGAACUAUGACAGUCUUCAAGUCAAUUAAAAUCCACCCACCAAUCUUAGGCAUCAUAAUGUGCCCCAGGCUUUAUUUUAAUAGUGAUCUUGAUCCUGUUGUGGGACUAAUACAAGAUCUAUAUUUAAGUUUUAAAGCAUGUUUACUUUCAAAUUAGCUUUCCACAGGGAUUUCUUGAAAUGCUUUUGUUAUUAAACUCAAAAGGCAGUGAUUAGGAUGAAAUAAUUGUACAUAAUUUAUUUUAGUACUGACAGUGUUACAGAUUCUAAUUUAUGGUAAAUUUCAGAUGUUUAUUUAAAAUUUUCACUUUUAAACAGUAACCAAAUCUAAAUUUAUUCAGGUUUUACAGAAGUUGAUACACCUUCUUAUAGUAUAGGUAAAUUUUCUUUUUCAAAUCCAAUUUAAAAUAACCUUUCCUUUUAAAUGUGCUGUAACAUUUUUAAAAAUGCAGCAGCAUAGGAGUGAACAACAGCAACACAAAACGGGCAUUGGUUUCCUCGGAGUGGCUUGCUUAUGUUUUCUUCUUUUUUCUUCACCAAAACCAACAUAAAAGUACCGCUGAAGUAAAACACCAACUACCUACCUUACUAUAAAUGAAAUGUUAAAAUUUUUUUCACAAUAAUUUUUCAGUUUUCACCAUUACUGUUGUAAUUAUUGAUUGUGAUUAAAAUAUUUGCUCCCAGGAGAACUCCUGACCAGUGGGCAUGUAUUCCUAUUUUACCCUAAGAUUUUAAUGAGCAAAAAGGGGAGAGAAUUUGCAAUAACUUCACAAUUACCUUUUCUAGUGCAGUUAUAUUAGAAUGCAUAUGUUUUUAAAAUGCUAGUAUAACUAGAUAAUAUAUAAUGUACAGUAUAAAGAGGAAUAUUGUGCUUUUGAAAAGAGUAUACUUUUUACUUUUAUUUAUGUACUAGUAGAUGUAAAAUUUCACAUUGAAGGUUUAUAGAUAUUGGCCAACUCAUAUGGAAAUUUUAUUUAUAGGAAGCUGCUACUAAAAAAAGUCACUAACUUUGUGUGCCUAUAAUCCCUAAAUUAAAAUUUAAUUUUAAUUGGCUGUCUAUAAUUUGCAUUGAGAGACAUUUUCCUAAUAGCUAGUGUUCGAAAGUGACCCUAAAAUAAGAAAAUAUAAUGAUCUGUGUUUUAUCAUUAGCCUUAUACAAAUGUAAAUUACUAAUAGUGAUGUUCUCUUGCAAGGCAUAGAACAUUUGUAUGAAAAGACAUUUAGUAUGCUUUGAAAAAAACUCAGCUUUUAAUUUUUUUCCAUUGGAAUACUGCAAAACCCAUAUAUCUUUUUAAGAAAUUUAUGUACUCACAGUCUUUCCCUUGAAGAGAAGAUUGAAAAAGUCUACUGUUCAUGAACCAUGCUAAUAUUUUCCUUUUAGCUAGUUUUGAAAAUAAAGAACAAUACCUGGGAAAUAAUUAAGCAGAAGGUUACCAUUGUUUUCCAGUUGGCUAUACUGUGGUUAGUUCUUUCAGAAAUUGUAAAUAUCUUAUAGCAUAUUCUGAAAUAAUAGAGUAAGUUCUUCUCAGAGAUGUUAAUCUCAUGUUUUUCAUGUUCUAAUUAGAAUACUUUAUUACUUACAAACUCAGAAGUGGCAGACGAACAUAUUUAUUGGUACUGAAAAGAGACGUAGUAAAUUAAAUAGAAGAAAUAUAUUUAUAAAGCUUAGUGAAACACGAAAUUAGAAUGUCCAUGUCAGGCAAAUGGGUUUGGAUUUUGUGCAAGCUAAUUUGGCCACAUUUGGCCUGGUGAUAGAACUGUCUAUACGGAAGUAAUAUAUAGAUAAUGUAGGUAGAUAUCAGUUGAAUGCCUUAUAUUGUAUACAUUCCUUUCAAAUAAGGACCUUGAGAAAACAGCAGAGCCAAGUGAAGACCCCCUAAAGAACUUUGUGGCUAAUUUAUACUUCAUGUAAUAGCAGUAGGUACACUGAAAGGUACUGGGCGGGGUCUCUUUCCCACUCUGAUGAUUUGUGUUCUUAUUUUUCCUAGAUUUACCACUUCUAGGGCAUAUUCUUUUCCCUCUUCCUCUUUACCUUUCCUGGUCCUGAUCCCUCUGUACUCAGUUACCCUAAAUUAUUAGACUACAAACUAAUACACUAGAAAAGCAUACACUUAUUUUAUUUCAAUGGCAGAAAUGCUAUCUAUCAGUAUAUUUACAUAAGAAUGUAUAUUAAAGUAUAUCUAUAUAUACUUACACUGUAACUUUCAAUAUUCCCCAGUUAGCAUACCUAACCCUCCUGUGGGUUUUGUUAAUUCUUGUUAGACUACUAGAGAAAAACCAACUGGCAGUUUGCUAAGCGUAUCUACUGGUGUUCUUUCUGCGCCCUCUUUUGGCUAAUUGAUGUAAUUAUACUGGCUCUAAAGAUUUACUGCCCCAUAAGUAAAUAGUAUAGCCACAUUCUGAACAUAUCAAAACUACAAACUUAGGAGGAGUGUAUGUACAAAAAUGUAAAAUUUUAUGAAAAUGAACAUGUUUUUAUGAUGUUAUUUCUAGUUCAUAAGAAUGUGAUGACUGCUUUGCUUCAUUUAUGUACAUUCCCAUUCUUGCUGUCAAUCAAUCACAAAUUUAUAUCAGAUUAGGAUAAACUAAGCCAUUUUAUGUAUUUUAUUUUAAACCUUAUUUUGGCAGAGUAAUUCCUUAGAAUUGGAAAAGCUGUUACUUUAAAAUUACCAAUUUAUUACAAAACAUAGAAUGUAUUGUAGCUACGAAGACAACCAAGCAUUUACUGUGUUUUAAUGAAUAUCUAAAAAACUACAUUUAGUUUAUUUUACUCAGUUUUGAGAUGAUUUUUUUACUGGCUCUGUUGCCUUAAAAUAACUAAGAGAUUAAUGAUUCUUUGUAUAACUUUCCUUUUCUUUUCUUUGUUCUUUUUUUUACAUUUCCCAGAGUUAUAUCUAUAGUUUUAGUAACCAAUUUAUUAUGUAUUCUGGAUAACUGUGAAAACAACUAAAGGUGUUGGGCAUUAGAAAAUAAUUGUGAGCAGUAAGAUUACUGAUGUAAUAUGUAUUUUGAACUGAAGUAUUUCUUUAUAAACAUUCUAUUUGAUUUUAAGCAAAAUGUAUGUUAAAGCAUGUUUUAACAUCAGUAAAGUCAUUUGUUGGCCUUCUGGAAAUGAAAGGUUUUUACCUAGAUACUGUAAGUUACACCUCCUUAACAAUCAUAUUUGUCAUUGUUGUUUUCUGCAAACAAAAAUGUUUAUGGGCUUCAUGUAGGCUUAAGAUUGUAGGCAAAAAUGGACUGAGUUGAGGACCCCUCAAGCAGUAGGCAUUUAGUUAUAGAGCAGUUGGUACUUUGUAACCCAGACUUAUAGUUUAAAAAUAUCAAGUUAGCUGAUGCUUCAUUAUAAUAAAAAUACUAUUUUGCUUCA